CUUAUGAUUUUUUUUGUGUUGUUUAAAACUUUUUUAGAGGGGGCACAAAGACCACUUUGCCCCGGGGAAAAAUAGCGACAAGAUUAGGGGUUCUUUUCAAGGCCUGGCAUUAGUUGCUGCUAAUCCGAAUUGGGCUAAUUGAUAGUCUGUAAAAUCGCAAUCGUAACCUGAAGAUCUGGCCCAAGUUCUUUCCCCUUAAAUGGAGUAAAAGACAAUACAUUUUAUUAUCGUUUCCAACAAGGUUCUCUUCCAUCACGCUGAUUUAGUAGAGGGCUGUCUUGUUGCGAUUGGGUCUGCAAUUUGUAUUAAAAACAAGACUUCUCUUCAGCCUUAAGAAACCAACAGGGCGGAUUUACAGCUUUCCCAAAGAAAUAAAUAAUCUAUUGGAGCUAUUGUUUCCUGAAAAAUUGCAAAGCUGCUUGGGGAUCUCCUUCUAUGAAGUGAAGAACGAGGAAUCGGGGAUUUCAAUUUCUGCAAAACAUCACUGGGAAAACUAUUUUACUGCCAACUCUUUCAAGAGAGUCACCAGCAUUUCUAUUCAUUUGUGUUGCGCUGAAAACUAUUGAGAAGGGUUCUGACAGCGUCUCAGGAUGCCUCAGAAAGAAGGAAGACUUUAACUAGUGUGCCGCAGAUGAGAGACUCGUUAAGUUGUUUAAAGUGGACAGUCAACUCUGUUUCCAGAAUACUAUAAACGAGCCACGUGGGAUUCUGGUGUAGCAUCCAUCAUGCAGAACAGUCACAGUGGUGUAAACCAGCUCGGCGGCGUGUUCGUCAACGGUAGACCACUACCAGACUCAACCAGACAGAAAAUAGUUGAACUGGCUCACAGUGGCGCGCGACCGUGCGACAUCUCGAGGAUUCUGCAGACCCAUGCUGAUGCAAAAGUCCAAGUGCUGGACAAUCAAAACGUAUCGAAUGGGUGUGUGAGUAAAAUCCUGGGCAGAUAUUAUGAAACAGGCUCUAUCCGACCUCGGGCGAUCGGCGGCAGCAAACCCAGAGUAGCGACUCCCGAAGUUGUUGGCAAGAUCGCUCAGUACAAGAGAGAGUGUCCUUCAAUCUUCGCCUGGGAAAUCCGAGACAGGCUGCUGUCAGAGGGGGUCUGCACCAACGACAAUAUACCCAGUGUGUCAUCGAUAAACAGAGUCCUCCGCAACCUGGCUAGCGAAAAGCAACAGAUGGGUGCAGAUGGCAUGUAUGACAAGCUGAGAAUGCUGAACGGUCAAACGGGGACGUGGGGGACCCGGCCGGGCUGGUACCCCGGAACGUCGGUGCCUGGACAACCUAAUCCAGAUGGCUGCCAGCAGCAGGAUGGAGGAGGCGAGAACACAAACUCUAUCAGCUCCAAUGGGGAGGAUUCAGAUGAGACCCAAAUGCGGCUUCAGCUGAAGAGGAAGUUGCAAAGGAACAGAACGUCGUUCACACAGGAGCAGAUCGAGGCUUUGGAAAAGGAAUUUGAAAGAACCCACUAUCCGGACGUUUUCGCAAGGGAAAGAUUAGCCGCCAAAAUAGACCUCCCUGAAGCCAGAAUACAGGUGUGGUUUUCUAAUAGAAGAGCGAAGUGGAGGAGAGAAGAGAAACUGAGAAACCAGAGACGACAGGCCAGCAACUCUUCUAGUCACAUUCCUAUAAGCAGCAGCUUCAGUACGAGCGUCUACCAACCCAUCCCGCAGCCUACAACGCCGGUGUCUUUCACGUCAGGGUCAAUGCUGGGUAGAACAGACACAGCCCUCACCAACACGUACAGUGCUCUGCCCCCCAUGCCAAGCUUUACUAUGGCCAACAACCUGCCUAUGCAACCCCCAGUGCCCAGCCAGACAUCCUCCUACUCCUGCAUGCUGCCCACCAGUCCGUCUGUGAAUGGGCGGAGCUACGACACAUACACGCCCCCUCACAUGCAGACACAUAUGAACAGCCAAUCAAUGGGCACUUCUGGCACCACCUCAACAGGUCUCAUCUCCCCUGGAGUAUCUGUCCCUGUCCAAGUUCCAGGCAGUGAACCCGACAUGUCUCAGUACUGGCCAAGACUACAGUAAAGAGAAGAGCUACUUCACAUUGUGACUUUCCACAGAAAGUUGGCUGUCGUGCAGUAUUUUCUAAAGAGAAGAGAGACUCUGAAAGAGACACUUUUGUACUGGGAUUGUGCCCCGUGCUGUACUCUACUUGGCACAUGAAGACUUGGGGAAAAAAAUGGACUUCUGUAAAGUGCCAGGCGUUAUAUCCUAAAUGGAACAAAACUAUCUUCGUUUUCAGUUUCCAACCUUUAGUCAUUUUUGGUGUAUUUGUAAAUGGCCAUUUGUAUGUUAUGAUAAAACAAGAACAACACUGGAUGGACUGUCAAACUGAGUUGGUCUUGCAUCUGUUUAAAAAGGAGAACCCAAGAUCAACAGAUUCUGCCAUGAAUAGUUUUCUCAAAUAUAUCGAGUACUUCUACCAGUCUUUUUACAGAUUGAGGACUCUGAUGACGCAAGCUUGUAUCAUUCCACUGCAAAGCUGGAAGAAAAGACACUAGCUGUGUGUAAGCCCAUUUACCUGUUGGUUUUUCCAAAGCUUGUUGGCAGCUAAAGUGUAUGUGCAAAGCGAUAACCGCAGAAAAGAAAGUGAAAAAAAAAACUUUUGGUAGCUAAAGGUAGAUUGUGUCUUCGAUAUAAUCCAAUUUGUUUAUGUCAAAAUGUAAGUAUUUGUCUUCCCUAGAAAUCUCCCAGAAUGAUUUCUAUAAUAAAGCUAAUUUCAUUUAUA